AUGUGCGUGUGCGUGGCGGAGCUGCGGGGCUUCCGACCGGCCGGGGGCUUCGCCGCUGGCUUGUGUAUCGGUUUUAAGAAACGCGGCAGGUCACGCCCGCGCUGUGCACCACCGCCCCCCGCCUCCCCCGCCACGCCUGCUGGCAGUGCACCACCGCCCCCCGCCUCCAGCGCCACGCCUGCUGGCAGUGCACCACCGCCCCCCGCCUCCCCCGCCACGCCUGCUGGCAGUGCACCACCGCCCCCCGCCUCCCCCGCCACGCCUGCUGGCAGUGCACCACCGCCCCCCGCCUCCCCCGCCACGCCUGCUGGCAGUGCACCACCGCCCCCCGCCUCCCCCGCCACGCCUGCUGGCAGUGCACCACCGCCCCCGCCUCCAGCGCCGCCUCCACCGCCUGUAUCCCGUAACCUGACAGAACAGGAGGAGUUUCGAGAUCAGGAAUGGGCGACUCCUACAGUUAUAAAAGACGAGGCCUUGUCAACAGAUUCUCAGGUCCAUAACUGCCGCGCGGCCGGCAACCCCGACGCGAAGCGCCUGUACGACGACCUGCUCAGCAACUACAACAAGCUGGUGCGGCCCGUCGUCAACGUCAGCGACGCGCUCACCGUCAAGAUCAAGCUCAAGCUGUCCCAGCUCAUAGACGUGGGGCAGUCGCCGCCCCAGCAGCAGUCGCCGCAGCUCACGCGUCCGAAGAGCGCGGCCGACCUUCGGCAGUGCCUGCGCUGCGUGGAUGGGGCGCUGGAGUCCGCAGCGCUAGGUGCAACGUGCUGUGAUGUAGGAGGACCACUGGAGCAGCGCCGCCUGCUGCUGCUGCUCUCGCCACUGAGAGGAGCUUCAAGGAGGGCGCGGAUGGACACCUAG